GUGGAAAACCUGACACUCGCGCCUGCGUUUGACGCUCCGGUAGCUGAUGCAAGAAGUCGCUGCCAAGGAAGGUUGCAAACUGAACCACAGUAUAAUAUAUAUAUUUCAUUGUAAUCGGUUGAGACCCUUUCAGCAGCUAUGUCUGGAGAUGAGAUGAUCUUUGACCCCACCAUGACCCGCAAAAAGAAGAAGAAGAAGAAGCCCUUCAUGCUGGAGGAGGACGGGGUGGACGCGCCCAGCGAGGACACGCAGCCGCCCGAGGCCCGGGACCUGGAGCCCGACGGCGCGGACGACAAGGAGCUGGACCUGGAGGAGGACGAGGGCCGGAAGAAGGAGUCCACAGAUGACCUUGAUGACCUGAACUUUUUUAACCAGAAGAAGAAGAAGAAGAAGCCCAAGAAGAACUUUGACAACGACCUGGAGGAAGGGAUGAAGGUGGGCAGUGAGGAACUCAAGAUUGAGGUGGAGCAGUCAGAACCUCUGGAAGACGACGAUCUAAUGCUUCCCGCUAAGAAGAAAAAAUCCAAAAAAGUCGAUUUUCAGGAAGGAGAUGAUAUCCAAGACAAGGAUGAUGGCCAGGAGGACGAGGACGGGAGGAACAACGACGGCAUCACGUUCAGCACGCAGUCAGGGCCGGCCUGGGCCGGGACGAAAAGGGACUACACGUACGACGAGCUGUUGAACCGCGUCUUUAACAUCAUGCGGGAGAAGAACCCCGACAUGGUGGCCGGCGAGAAGAGGAAGUUUGUGAUGAAGCCGCCGCAGGUGGUCCGGGUCGGCACCAAGAAGACCUCCUUCGUCAACUUCACAGACAUCUGCAAACUAUUGCAUCGCCAGCCCAAGCAUCUCCUGGCCUUCCUGUUAGCUGAGCUGGGGACGAGUGGCUCCAUCGACGGGAACAACCAGCUGGUGAUCAAAGGAAGGUUCCAGCAGAAACAGAUAGAGAAUGUGUUGCGGAGAUACAUCAAGGAGUAUGUGACGUGUCACACCUGCCGCUCUCCGGACACCAUCCUGCAGAAGGACACGCGUUUGUACUUCCUGCAGUGCGAGACCUGUCACUCACGUUGUUCCGUGGCCAGCAUCAAGACCGGCUUCCAGGCCGUCACGGGCAAGAGGGCGCAGCUGCGUGCCAAGGCCAACUGAGCGGCUGGCUUACCCUCACUGCAACGGACACUUUCAUGAACUUUCAUGACUUGGCUGAAUUUGUUAUUGAAAACAUUGCCUAUUAAAAAACGACAUCAAUAAAAUGCAUACGAGUUGGAUGACCCAGUGCUGUCGAGCUGUCGGGCUGUUUUGUGAUACACUAACUGCAGGUUUGCUGGUUCGUUGUACGGAAAAUAACUCUGCUCCACCCAAGGUUGUCUUUUUGUUUUGUUUUUUUAGGACUAUUAUUCAGAAAUUAAAAGGAUAUGAAGGUUA